UAUAUAUUUAAUAAAAAGUGAAGUAGAUUUUCCAACAAUAUGUUAAAUUUUUUGAAACAAAGCCGCAGAUUUGUGAAUUCGACAGAGCCCGUUUGCAUUGUUUUGGGCAAUGAGUCGUGCGAUUUGGAUUCCGCCGUGUGUGCAGUCACACUUGCCUACCAUUAUCACCAACAAAAUGUCGCCAGUAGACACACCACGCCUAAUUUUCUGCCAGUCCUUAAUAUACCACGUCGCGAUUAUGCGCUUAAAACUGAAGUUAAUUACGUUUUCCAACAACAUGCAAUUGGCGACGAGCACUUAACUUUUCGCGAUGACCUACAAGAGGACUAUUUAACACGCAGUGAGUUUAUUUUGGUAGAUCACCAUGUUAGCCCAUUUGCUUCGCGUUGCCUGGAAGUUUUUGAUCAUCGCACGUUUGAUGAGAAUGCCCAGUUAUCAAACGUUUGCAAAUUACAUAUAGAAUUAGUAGGUUCAUGUGCAACGUUAAUAGCAGAAGAAGUACUUAAGUCUAUGUUAACGCCUGAAGCUAAAGAUACAGACAGUGAAACACUUUUUACAUUGUUGCGUAGCACUAUAGUGCUAGACACAGUAAAUUUUAGUGAGUCUGCAAAUCGUGCUACACCAAAAGAUAUCGAAAUCUGUGAAAAACUUGAAGAAUUGUUGAGUAAGCCACCUAACAGCAAGCCUUUAACAGAGCGCACAAAAUUAUUCGACGCUCUAGUGGCGGCGCGCGCUGAUAUUAGCAGCUUAACAUCAAUGCAACUUUUACGGAAAGACUUAAAAAUACUUUCAAACGGUGAUGAUAGUGUGAAUAUUGCUAUACCAGGCUUUCCAAUGUUAGUGCAGCAAUUCAUAGACAAACCAGAUGCGGCGAAUGCGGUUAAAGCUUUUGCAGAGGAGACAAAUUCUGCCAUCGUUAUUUUAAUGGGUAUGUUAGUCGAAAAUGGCAACGUGCAACGUGAUAUUGGUUUGAUAGACUUCAAAUGCAAUGAACUAUGCAAAAAAAUAGGUGAAAUGCUUUUGCAUUCCACCGAGCCAGCGCUGUGUUUACAUCAUUAUGAAAAUUGCAAUUUUCUCAACGGCAGUUUCUAUAAAAUGGGCAACAUAAAAGCGACACGUAAGCAUGUCUUACCGCUGGUGAAACAACUUUUAGACCAAACGCCAAAAUAGUUUGUGCAACGGAUUCAAUAUUCA